UGUAUCAAAAUGUUUGGAAAAAAAUUAUUCUAAUAAUUAUAUAGAAUCAAUAACAUUAAUUCAUAUUUUACUAAAAUAUGUUAAAUUAAAUUUUUUUUUAAUUAGCUUUGAUAGCGAAUAGCUUUCUUUAAAUGUAAUGAAAAUAAUGUUAACAAGUAUUAUUAUUUGGAGUUUAAUUUUUGUUAGUGUGACGUGUGAUGAAUAUGAUAUUCUCAAACUUUUGGAACAAACGAGACCACAAGUCAUACACACACAUAUGAGUCAACUACUCGAGUUAUGUUACUCAAAUGUGUCAAAUCCGAUUGUAAUGACUCCAAACCUCAUUGACACCGUUUAUCAUAAUCCAUCCAACACCUUGACAGCACCAAUUAUUAUUCUUGACGACAACUUUCUCGCAAAAGAUAUCCAACUUUAUUAUCCAGCUUAUCCGACCUACGUGCUAUCGGUAGAUACUCGAAAACAAUUGAUCAAUCUUAUUAUAAAAAUAAGGGACUCACCAUUAUGGAAUACUGCGUCAGUGUUUUACAUCAUCGGUAACACGGAUCACUCAUGCAAAAAUGCAUUACAAAUGACUUACACAUUAUGGCAAUUUGAAUGUUUAUCAUCAUUUGUCAUAUGUCAAGAAAUGAACGAUAGAUCAUUUUUGUUUACUUUAAGUCCAUUCACCCAUCGAGAGCCACUUCCGGGGAUGAAACAUGGAGCUAAACUUCCAGAUCCAAGAAUAGCCGUAUUCGGACUACCUUUCAUAAAUGAUAAAAGAUUAUGUGACAUUCUUAACUUCGAUAAGACGCAGUUUUUAGACGGUUAUAACGUGAAAGUAACUAAGGCAGGGUUAGGUGACGAAUUUCUACAGAGGUACGUUUUUCCGAGUUUAAACAUGACUCCGAUAAUAAAUUAUGGAGGUGGAGCAGAGACAUAUUUAUUUGCUAAUCGUUUUCAAGAUAUCAGUGAAACGUUAUUUGCUCUCCAUUCAACUGAUAAUAGGUUUGUUGAUAUAGUACCGGGGUUUAUCGAAAGUAAUUUUGCUAUAGUAACACAAAAAAGAAGUUUCUUAUCAUUAUUGAAUCAAGUUACUAGUGUAUUCGAUGUUGGCGAUAUUAUAGCAAUAAUUCUCAUUCUCAUACUAUUUAUAAUAGUAAUUAUGUUGAGCAACGAGUAUCAGAUUCUCCCGGCUUUUAUGGAUGUUUUCAAAUUGCUAUUAAGAAUGGGUAUGGAUUCACCUGUUGACCGGCUGUUCAUGAAAAUCAAUCUUUUUACUGCAUUGUUGUUCAUUUUUAUGUUCGGUCCAGCUUUUGACGCACAAUUAUUUGCAGUACUGACUCACCCGUCAUCUUUUGACGCGGAAACACUUCAAGAUUUGCAUGAUCAUCGAUAUCAUGUCCAUUACGACUCCUCAUUACAUAAAGAUAUGAUAGAAACCGAAAUCUGGACCACUGUUGAGGAUAUGCAAUAUUUACAUCCUACUGACGUAGGAGUUCCAUACUCCUGUCUAGAACUAGCCAGUAAGGAUAACACUGUUGCGUGUAUUUAUAAUACUCUGAAUAUACUGCAUAAUCUAAAGGAAAAUUUACGACUCUCAAAAAAUUUUGUAUUUGAAACUAGUUUCGUCCACUGGACUCGGAAAGAGUGGCCCCUUAAAAAACGGGUUGAUCAGCAAACGUUAAGAGCCAUUGAAUCAGGUUUUUCAGAUAAACAUAUGAAUCGUCCUAUUCGGAAUACGUUAAAAAAAAUAAAAGCUAAGGAAAGAUUGAAAAAAAUUUUAGACUAUGACGAAGUAGACGCAAUAGAUUUAGAAUAUGUUUACAUAUUUUUUGCAUUUAUCCAGCUUCUUGCAAUUGUUAUAUUCGGGAUUGAGUACAUUAUUGCUCGAUGGCUGCGCCCACGACAAUAAACAAUAAACUUAAAUUUUGGUUGACGACAAUAUUUACUAACCGAUGCAAUGUAACAUUCACUUGAUAAUUAUAUUGAAUCAAAUCUGAUUCCUCUUUUAGAUUCUAUAGGUAUAUUGAGUUUAUUGUAAUAAAAUUUAAUUAUCAAUUAUUUGCAAAACGAUUAAAAUAAUCUGGCGUGAUAAUUUUUAAUUAUUAAGAGAUGUAUUAUCCAAAAAUGUGUGUAAAAGCGUUCUUAAAAUCUGUGAUUCACUAAGAAAUGCUCUCUUUUCUGUUAAGUAUAUUGAUUUAAAUGCUGUUAAUAAAUUGUAAUAACUUAAAUUGUACACAUUUUAUUUAUACAAUCAUUUCAACAUCAAAUUUUGAGGGAGUUUGAUUUAAUAAAUC